CAUUCAUCAUUGUUACGAAUUACGAUAUGAAAAAGCUGAACGUCUUUUUAAAAUUUAAAGUGAUUUUACUGUGAAAAUAUUGAAUAGAAUCCUGUAAAUAAAUCAUUCCAUUAUGCUAUAGUCGUAGUAUGUAGAUUAAGUCAACUGUGUUAUAUUAUUUACAAAGUAACAUAGUGUAUACCUAUUGCACGUAGUUUUCGUUACGCUUACAGUGGUUUUCAGUGUUUCAUACAGUAAAGACGUAUCAAAGAUCCUAAAAAAUGAAAUUCGCUGAACAUUUAAGCGCACAUAUUACGCCCGAAUGGCGGAAACAGUAUAUAAACUAUGAGGAAAUGAAGGCGAUGUUAUACACCGCCGUAGAAGAGGCUCCUUCGGCAGAGAAUGUAGAACCUGAAGUGCUUUCAAGGCACUUUGCUAAUUUUGAUGAAACUUUCUUUCAUUACUGCGAUGAAGAGUUGAAGAAGAUUAAUACGUUUUAUUCAGAAAAGUUAGCAGAGGCUACCAGAAAGUAUGCAACGUUACAAAGCGAAUUAAAAUCAAGAUUCGACACGAUAAAACCUAAGAGUGGGGGCGACAGCAAAAAGUCGAUCCCGAGACGGAAAGUACAGGAAUUGAAGUUGGCGUUUAGUGAAUUUUACCUUAGUUUAAUAUUGUUACAAAAUUAUCAGAAUUUAAAUUAUACAGGAUUUAGGAAGAUAUUGAAGAAACAUGAUAAGUUAUUAAACGUGAGUAAUGGCGCCCAAUGGCGGGCGGAGCAUGUUGAAACAUCGCACUUUUAUACAAAUAAAGAUAUAGACCGAUUGAUCAGCGAUACUGAAGCGACCGUUACCAAUGAUCUGGAAGGCGGAGACAGACAGAAAGCAAUGAAAAAACUUCGCGUCCCACCGCUAGGAGAGCAACAGAGUCCUUGGACGACGUUCAAAGUCGGUCUAUUUUCUGGAUCGUUCAUAGUUCUGUCUAUCACGGUUGUGUUAUCUGCGCUAUUCCACGACGCGGCGACGGAAAAUUUCAAAACGGCCUUCCGGUUGUACCGCGGCCCGUUCCUAUUGGUCGAGUUCAUAUUCCUCAUCGGCAUCAACGUGUACGGCUGGCGCAGCUCCGGCGUCAACCACGUGCUGAUCUUCGAACUGGACCCCAGAAACCAUCUCUCCGAACAGCACUUGAUGGAGCUGGCGGCCAUUUUCGGGGUCGUUUGGGCCCUGAGUAUACUGAGUUUUAUAUACAGCGCCAGUUUGAGUAUACCGCCGUUUGUGAAUCCGCUCGCGCUGGUGCUGAUCAUGCUGGCCUUCCUCAUGAACCCCUUCAGGGUGUUCCGGCAUGAGGCGCGGUUCUGGUUCUUGAGGAUAUGUGGUCGUAUUUUAGCGGCUCCGUUCAUGCCGGUGCUGUUCGCGGACUUCUGGCUGGCCGACCAGUGGAACUCUUUUGUCUAUGCCUUCCUUGAUUUCCACUACUUGGUCGCGUUUUAUGUGGCCGGUGCUGAUUGGUUUAUUGUUAAUGAUGCUUUCGAAUCGACGAAAUGGUUCCUGAUAUCCCGGGCCAUAGUCAACAUAAUCCCGGCCUGGACCCGGUUCUGGCAAUGCCUCCGCCGUUAUAGAGACAGCAAGGAGGCGUUCCCGCAUCUCGUGAACGCCGGGAAGUAUUCCACCACGUUCUUCGUGGUGCUGUUCUCCACUAUGCGAACUAUGUAUAAGGCGGACUACGAGAACCCGUACGACAAUCCGUUCCUGUACGCGUGGCUCGGGUGCCAGUUCGUGUCCUCGUGCUACACGUACACGUGGGACGUCAAGAUGGACUGGGGGCUGUUCACCGCCGGCCUGCAGGCCGAGAACAGCCUGCUGAGGGAGGAGAUCGUGUACAGCGUGGGGUUCUACUAUUUUGCGAUCGUAGAAGACUUGGUGUUGCGUUUCAUAUGGGCGCCGGCGUUCUACUUAACCGAUAACAAUAUAGUCAGCAAUGAGACCGUGGUCUCUGUGCUGGCUCCUCUGGAAGUAUUCAGACGGUUCAUAUGGAACUACUUCCGGCUGGAGAACGAGCACCUGAACAACUGCGGCAAGUUCCGCGCCGUGCGCGACAUCUCCGUCGCGCCGCUCGACUCCUCCGACCAGGCGCUCAUCCUGCGCAUGAUGGACCUGCCCGACGGCGUGCGCAACCGAGCCACGAAGAAAAAGAAUCCCAAGAAGAUAAAAGAGAACGAUAGAAAACCGCUCCUCAAGAAGGAAUCCAUUCAAGACAUUCAACUCGAAUUAGAUUUGUCCUCCAAAAUGUUGUAACCAACUGUGAUAUGUAGUUUACUUGAUAUUUUGUCUAUAAGCGAUAUUAUGAGUAUUAUUAAAUAUAUUUCUAUU